UGGGGGCGCGGGGCUGGUUUCCGCUGUCCCGGCUGGAAGCUGAGUCAGUCUCCGGCAGCAGGAGCUGGCCUCAGCCUCAAGCGGCAAAGUUUACUCCUGAGCCGGGAGGCAGCGCUGAGCGACCGCGGCUCCCAAACUUACUCCAUUCCCCCUCCCCAAACAGCUCACUGUUACCGUCCCCCACAAAGUGAAAGAGGAGCGGAUUGUGUGAAUGAAUUUUCUCUCUCUCUCUCUGUGUUGCUGAGGUUUAAAGAGUCUUUAAGACCCGGGGGGGAAUAUCCCCAGUGCUGCUCAGUCAACAGCUGAUACACCGAGUACCUUCAGUUCGUAGAGUUCCUGUGACAAGCCACGACCAAACGAAAAUGCUUUGCCAACUUGUCCAUCAGUGCUACAAGGCUCAGCAGCGAAUGGGGCAGAUCGCCGUGUGAGCUAGCUGUCUGUGCACAUCUCUCUCCCUCUUCUCACCCCCCCCCCCCCUCCUGGGGUCACCACCAGGGUGACCCAGUCGGGAUUCUUCCGAUUUCGUUCAGCAACUCGCUCCUUCCACCUUCCGAGUGAAUGCCAGCGGCAGCGGGCACCGGUUUUGGGUCGUUGCUGUGAAGGACUGCACUUGGAGCGGAGAGACAAGGUGGGGGGGGUCCAAAAGAUGUCAACCCCUGCCAGGUACAAGAAAGAUAAAGAAAUCAUCACCGAGUAUGAAACACAAGUCAAAGAAAUACGAGCACAGUUGGUCGAGCAACUGAAAUGCUUGGAGCAGCAGACGGAGAUGAGAGUUCAACUCCUCCAGGAUCUCCAGGAUUUCUUCCGCAAGAAGUCCGAAAUCGAAAUGGAGUAUUCCCGAAACUUGGAGAAACUGGCUGAGAGAUUCAUGGCAAAAACCCGCAGUACAAAAGACCACCAGCAGUACAAGAGGGACCAGAAUCUUCUGUCCCCAGUUAACUGCUGGUAUCUGCUCCUGAACCAAGUCAGGAGAGAAAGCAAAGACCACGCAACUUUAAGCGACAUCUAUUUGAACAACGUUAUCAUGCGCUUCAUGCAAAUCAGUGAGGACUCUACAAGGCUCUUCAGAAAGAGCAAGGAGAUCGGAUUCCAGCUGCACGAGGACUUAAUGAAGGUUCUCAAUGAACUGUACACGGUCAUGAAGACGUACCACAUGUACCACACCGAAAGCAUUAGUGCAGAGAGUAAACUGAAGGAGGCUGAGAAACAGGAGGAGAAGCAGAUUGGGAGGGACCCUGUCUUCAACAUCCAGAUGGAAGAAAAGCACCAGAGGCGGAGGUCGGUGAAAAAGAUCGAGAAAAUGAAAGAGAAGCGUCAAGCCAAAUACUCUGAGAAUAAGCUGAAGUCCAUCAAGGCCCGAAACGAGUACCUAUUGACGUUGGAGGCGAGCAACAACUCCGUUUUCAAAUAUUACAUCCAUGACCUUUCUGACGUGAUUGAUUGCUGUGACCUGGGGUACCAUGCAAGUCUAAACAGAGCUCUGAGGACAUUCCUAUCUGCUGAAUACAACCUGGAAACAUCCAGGCAUGAAGGCCUGGACAUCAUCGAGAACGCUGUUGAUAAUUUGGAUCCUCGCAGUGACAAGCAGCGGUUUAUGGAGAUGUAUCACACAGCAUUCUGUCCACCGGUGAAAUUCGACUUCCAGCCACACAUGGGAGAUGAGGUUUGCCAGGUUAGCGCUCAGCAACCCGUGCAGUCUGAGCUGAUGCUCCGAUAUCAGCAGCUGCAAUCUCGACUGACCACCCUGAAGAUUGAAAACGAGGAGGUUAAAAAGACGAUGGAAGCAACUCUGCAGACGAUACAGGACAUGGUGACUAUUGAGGAUUAUGAUGUCUCAGAGUGUUUCCAGCACAGCCGCUCAACAGAGUCUGUCAAAUCCACGGUGUCCGAAACUUACCUGAGCAAGCCAAGCAUUGCAAAGAGACGAGCCAAUCAGCAAGAAACCGAGCAGUUCUAUUUCAUGAAACUCAAAGAGUACCUCGAGGGGAGCAACCUCAUCAUGAAGCUGCAAGCUAAGCACGACGUGUUACACCGCACGCUGGGGGAGGGCCAGAAGAGUGACUUCAUGACCACAAGGCCUCCAAAUGUGCCCCCUAAACCUCAGAAAGCCAAGAAAUCCAGGCCCCGAUCAGAAUAUAAUGCUAAGUUAUUUAAUGGGGAUUUGGAAACGUUUGUCAAGGACUCUGGACAAGCCAUUCCCCUAAUUGUGGAAAGUUGCGUGCGAUUUAUCAACUUAUAUGGUCUUCAGCAUCAGGGGAUCUUCCGAGUUCCUGGAUCACAGGCUGAAGUCAAUGAUAUUAAAAAUUCAUUUGAGCGAGGUGAAGAUCCUUUAGCUGAUGAUCAGGAUAACCAUGACAUUAACUCAGUCGCAGGAGUUCUGAAGCUCUACUUCAGAGGUUUGGAAAACCCACUCUUUCCUAGGGAAAGAUUUAACGAGCUCAUUCCUUGUGUCCGAGUAGAGAAUCUGUAUGAGAGAGCUCUUCAUCUUCGCAAGAUUCUCCUCACCCUUCCCCGCUCUGUGAUCAUCGUGAUGAGAUACCUUUUUGCCUUUUUAAACCACCUGUCUCAAUACAAUGACGAGAACAUGAUGGAUCCUUACAAUUUGGCGAUCUGCUUCGGCCCUACCCUGAUGCCUGUGCCUGACACGCAAGACCAAGUCUUGUGCCAGGCCCACGUGAACGAGCUGAUCAAGACGAUCAUCAUCCACUGUGAGCUGAUAUUUCCUGACCCCAAGGAUCUGGAGGGACCCGUCUAUGAAAAGUGUAUGGCCGGUGACGACUAUUGUGACAGUCCCUACAGUGAACAUGGGACACUGGAGGAUGUCGAUCUCGAGGCUGGUACUGAGACGCACACCAGUGAGGAUGAAGGUGAACCCAUUGAAGCAAUCGCCAAAUUUGAUUAUACCGGACGCUCUGCUCGAGAGCUGUCGUUUAAGAAGGGAGCUUCGUUGCUUCUCUACCACAGAGCGUCUGAGGACUGGUGGGAGGGGAGACAUAAUGGGAUUGAUGGGCUCGUGCCCCAUCAGUACAUUGUGGUGCAGGACACGGAUGAUACCUUUUCUGACACUCUGAGCCAGAAAGCUGACAGUGAAAGCAGCAGUGGGCCAACAGCCGAAGACAAGCUGUCCUCCAAAAAUGACGUCAGCUCACCGACCGAUCGUGUUCCUGAUGUUUAUGCAGCAAGACAGAAAAGGAGACCAGAACCACCGACAGCUCGGCGCCCGUUGAGACCCAACGACGGGCACUGUGCAGUGCACCCAGUCCAUGGCUUAGUAAGUAGCUCUGGGGACGGUGGCCCUUUGAUCAUGCCUACCCACGCCAGCUCCCGCCUUUUCCACCAGAAUCGCAGCAUGCCAGUGGACAGUCCGGAGAGGCGUCGCCGAGGUGCCCUUGGCAGCCUUUCCAACCUUAGCCGACAGGAGGCUCUCAAAAAGAUCGAGAGUCCACCAAUCAGAAGGUCUACAUCCUCCGGUCAAUACAACUGCUUCAGUGAGCAUAAACCUCUAGACCCUGAAACAAUCGCCCAGGACAUUGAAGAGACGAUGAACACUGCGCUGAACGAGUUGCGGGAGCUGGAACGUCAGAGCACAGUGAAGCACACCCCCGAUGUGGUCCUGGACACCCUGGAGCAGAAGAAGAGCAUGCCGGCCUCUCUCCCCGCCAGCGACCCACGAGGUGGGCACCUCCCCGCCGCCCUGAAACCCGUCGACCCUGUCAUCCGAAGGAGCACCAGCUCUUCCAGCGAGCCCGUGGGCACCUCCAAACCCGUCCUGUCACCCAGGAUGGGCUUGCAACUCAAACCCCCUGCCCUCAGGCCCAAGCCAGUGGUGCUCCCCAAGACCAACCCCACCGUGGCACCUCCGCCCGCUGUCCAGAGCUCCACAGACAAAUCCUGCACCAUGUAAAUAAAGCUGCUUUUUGACUUGAAGAAUCGAUCGAUGUAUGUUGGGCAGCAAAGGACAAGGAAGGGGAUAUUGACAUUUUAAAAGUUGUAAUUGGAGAUGUAUUCUUUCAGUGUUAGAAUAUAUGUCUCAGUAGUAAAUUAACAAGGGGAUUUGAUCUCCCUUUCAAACUGGACUGUUUAUAUGUGGGACUGACACCAACGUUAACUCAACUUGAAACCUUAUGCUGCAACUGUUAACUUUAUUUUGAAAAGAAGAGAGAAAGUUAGCUUAAAAAGAAGGACUUCCCAUCUUCUCGAAAGACCGAUUAUUUAUACAAGGGCAGGGAUUGUGAUAGCAUUUGAUAUUCUCUUGUUGCCCAGAACUGAUGGGAUGGGGUGGGGAACGGGGAGUGAAAGUCUGCAUUGGUUUUUACUACCUGUUGAAAACCAGCCACAAAAUCCUGGCCGUUCCUCCUGUCACUCCCUCCCUCUGUUCCGUUCAACAUUCCUUUGGCCUCAGCGCCAGGUUUGCAUCACGAAAGCACUGCUCUGAAAGUGAAUGGAAGCGUGGGAAAGGGUGACCGUGUCCAAAGCUGCUGCCACCUUUCCUGGUUAAGCGGUUAUUUUGGGAAAUGGAUCCUGCGCCUAAAUCCUUGCAUUUGCAAGUACUGCAGCCUUCCCCAGCAAAGCUGGCUGUGUUGGCGACUGAACACUGGGUGUGGCAAGCAAAGCCGAAGGUUUGAAGUUUACAUUUGAGAACAUAAAGGAUCCCCCUCUCCCACAAUCAAGUGGAAAAGUGCGCACCCAUCUCAUCUCUUCCCAACCCUGAAUAAAUUCGCACACCACCCCAGUCUUAGAGAGUCAUACAGCAUGGAAGCGGUCCCUUCAGCCCAACUGACCAGGUUUCCCAAGGUUACUCCCUGCGUUUGGUCCAUAUCCCCCUAAAUCUUGCAUUCUCUUCAGUGAACCAUGUGUGAGUAUCCUUGCUGUAGUUUUCAUGUUUUCCUCAUGAUCUACAAUUACCAUUUGUCUUGGAGUCAUAGAGAUGUACAACACGGAAACAGACCCUUUGGUCCAACUCGUCCAUGCCGACCAGAUAUCCUAACUUAAUCUAGUCCCAUUUGCUAAACCCUUCCUACUCAUAUACCCAUCCAGAUACCUUCCUGGUCUUGGAGAGCAAGCUGUCUGGUCCUGCCCAACCGCCAUAUUGUUGAUCAUUUCUGGGUAGUUUUGAGACGCUCUGCCUGCUUGGGUUCCUUGUCCAUCAUUACUGACCUUCUGGAACCUUUCUUCCCUUUCCCCUUGCUCUACCUUCCCGGCUGCUGUUCUCUCCCCCUACAAAUUGCUAACUGCACCAUCUCCACUCUGCAACUUUGCCUGGCAUCCAGCUGGCAAGCGUGGAAAAAAUUGAGAGGGGGGAGGGGUUGGUUAAACACCAGAAUCACCAUUGAAAUGGGUUCUUUGGAACUUUGAUGUUGCUCGAUGGAGCCCAAGGCUCUUGUGGCACAAGGUGACCCCCUGGGUAAUGAAGGUUUCUCUUCAUAAACAGCAGUUUUGUGGGUAAACGUGUGUCAUGUUGGCCUCUGACGGACCUCCACACAACAAUCCACUUUGAAUAAGUAGUUGUACUCGGGCAGCUAUGCGACUCUGAUAGAGUUGGGGGGUGGGGGCGUGGUUUGUGCACCUUGCAACUCUUCAGUGGUCUCUCACUGUCACCCUCCAAAGCACUGCCACUCUGUUCCAGAAAGAUCACGGGCUGUGGAAUUCGAACCGAAGGAGGAAGUUGGAUUGUCCUUCAGCAUAAAUAUUAUUGUGUUUUGAAUGGAUGCCACUGUGUUAACCUUAUCAAUUGUGUUAAAGGAGUGAUUGGCCAGCCAUGUGAGUUUCCAUGGGAACGAGAAUUGGAAGUGAUAGCUGUUGGCCCCCUUGUUCAAAAUCAACCAUCUUAAACGCCAAAGUUAGAUGACCCACAUAUCACUAAAUACUCCCUUCUCCCUGCCACAGGGCUAACUUCACAGUUUCUCACAACGUUACAGAGUUUAGUUUCCUACCUGGCUUUUAUUUAUAUAUAAAUGCUCAUGUUUACAUGGUCACAAAAGGUAUCCUCCGUUUACAUUUCACGAGUAUUUCCUGUUCGUCUUCAAGCCUCCUUCUGCUACGCUACUGGACUGCUCCACUAUGACUUGUUUAGUUUUCCCCAGCGCCUCUUGUCGUACAUUGUAAGAAGGUCAGAAGUGGGAAAGGAGGUGAAACCUUCAAAAUGUCUCAAGCCAUGAUAGAACUGAAAAUAACACCCGAUUUUAAAAAACAAACACAGUGCAGGUAAAAUAAUGUCACUUUUGUUCAAAAUUUCAAAUGGGUGACCUGUUGCCCCUCACUUGUGGAAAAUCCCUGCUUUAAUAAGGAUUGUUACUCCAUUUGGAACAAUUGUUUUGGGUUGCAGGGCAAACCCUACAUCUGCUAACCCUUGACAAGAUCCCCACAAACAACAGUGAUCUGGGCUUAAAAGUUGCUCACUAAUCCUGAUCUUUUCCUUCCAUACACUAGCUUUAAGAUUCAUAAAUGUGGUGUUUGUAAAUGUAUACAUUCGUUAAAUCCUGGAGAAAAAUCUAAACGCAAAUGUUUAAGGCAUCCGGUCGCAUUGGUGAAGAUUUGCACUGUGCAGAACCCCUGCUGGUUAUAUUGGACUGAAUAGUGUGGUUCGUCCCUCUGCACCUUGGCUGUUCCAUCUGGAGGGUUAUGUACACACUCUGGGAAGGGUAUGUCAAUCCUGCAUGUCAGGGGCCAAACCCAUUAUAUCUGCAACAGCCAGCAUAUAGUGCAGAGGUAGUGUCCCCACCUCUGAGUCAGAGGACCAGGGUCCCAUCUAGUCAUGAGUUGAACGAAUUGAUUAAAAACAUCCCAAACGUGUAGGUCCGAAACGGUGCUUUUGUUUUCUCUCCCAUUUGUUAAUAUGGGGAUGUUAGAAAUGGUCGUUUUAACAUUAAAACUGGUCCUCAUGACGACCUCCUCUGCUCUCCAUAUAGAUUUCGGAUCAGCGAUCCCUGCGUUGUUGUCUAUCUGAUCUGAGCUCUGUGGUUAGCUCUAUCAGAGCAGCUUGAGUCAAAAGCAUGGGUUGCCCACCAGGAGAGACCUUUUCCACAUCAAAGCCCUUUGACAUUUUUUCUGGGAACAUGCUGAUGUCUGCAUUUCCAACCCUCCCGUUGUAUGUGGCAUCACUUUGCUUGCUCGCUCCCUGUUGGAGUGGGGGAAGAAGAUAGUAACCUCUCCCCCCAACUGGCAGAUUGAAUAUCUCUUUUAUGGUCCUCUUUGACCUGACUUUGAGACUGGAAUACAACUUCGGGAUAACCAAAGGAGUGCUAGUAUUAUACCACCUUGUGGCAUAGUGCGCUGGUACGUUAACCCAACAGUGCCACAGUCUAUCAGCUCAGACAACUGCCUAACUCUUAGCCCUUUUUACAAAAAUAACCUCUGAGGCCACAAUCAUUGAAAGCUGCACAUACAUCCAAUCUGUGGUUUAAUGACCUUGUGACGCACAGUCAUUUCUGUCUGCCAUGAAUCUAACCUACUAAAUGUUGAACUUUUCGUAACAUUUUACAGUUUCCACUUCAUGUGGUCUUUAAAAGAAUGUGGUAGUACUUUUAAGGAACAUGUAGUAUAGAGUUCACUUAAAUUAAUUUAAAAAAAUACAAAAUGUACAUCAGCCAAAAUGGAUUCUGCAACGUUGCAUUGCUACCAGGAUUUGUAUAUUCAAAUAAUAAUUAUACUGGAUUGCGAGAAAUGCUUACAGCAGAUCUGAAUUUAGCAAAAGUGUAUAAUGGAAAUUAUCAAUUUGACAAAUGUUUUCUGGGUGCAAUCACGGAAAAUAUGUAGUCCAAGGCUAGGCUUCUUUAAACUGCAGUUUAAGUGGAUUUGUAACAGGGAACUGAUAACAGCUACAGACACACUGAGUGGUAACUACCAUUGACCACCUACCUGACAAAACUCUGGAUCCUUUACUGCCAUUUUAGUUACCGAUAGUUUCCUUACUGUCGGCCGUUACCCCAUUGUGUCAAUGUACAUCUCUAGUAUGUACAUGCGGAAGUGCCUUUAAACUCUUAGAGAAACUUGAGCCUUGUUCUGUACUGUUGCAUUUCCAUUUUCACUCAUUGAACAACUCUCGUUUUAAACAAAAUACAGUUGUGACAAUGCACUUUUGUGUAUAGUACUGUACAUCUGGCAUGUAACAUUACCAAUUUCAGUAUAUCUUCUGGUUUGUUCUAGAUGUAUCUUUCUAAUAAAGAAAAUUGCUCCAUUC